AUGCACUUUUGUCUCCUCCUCCAGUUUCCUUCCAUUAACUCAGCUCAGUCAGUCAGGACCCCUCUUCCUGGAUGUGACCCGUACCCCACCUGCUUUCCCUCUGUGCAGUCAUCCCUCAGUCUGCCUGUCCUGACACACCCCAACAUCUCGCCAAUGUCAUGUUCGCAGAUGGAGAUCUCUGCGCUAACCCAGUACCCCCACCUGUCCUCCACUUCUCUUAUACCCACACGAUGUCCCACUCCACCCUUUGCUGCUCCAGUGUUCGCGCCUCCAGUUCCCACAAUUCACCAGUACCAGCAGGCCUAUUCUGUUGCUCAGCAGCCCGCCAUAAACUACAUGGCCACUCUCUCCCAACAUUCCCACAGUCAGGCCACACCCACAGUGCACCAAAGUCUCCACCCCUCUCCAAACCCCGCCUCUAUGUGUGCCAGAGUCCCUCCCACUAUACAAGCUCCGCCCACCCAGGGAGUCUUGACCAGCCAUUCCCAAACUGUUCACGUGGACCAGAACUCGUCCAGUAGCUCCGAUCACGUCCAUGUUUCUCAGAUGAUGACACACCUGACUCUAGCUCCUGCCCCGAGCUCCAGCGCCAGCCAUAAUGCGCCUCAGCCUCCCGCAGUACCGCAUCUCUCGCCCUUCAGACCCGUCCUCGACACAUUCGGCUCUGCGGUGCCCGUGGACCCAAACCAGGCUACUCAGAACUCCAGCCCAGCCUCUUUACUCACCGUCCCGCAUUCAGGAGCCGGUGCCAGCCUGAACCAGCAGAACAGCAGUGUAAAGCCAGCGCUGCAGCAGCAGCACAGCACCAGCGGAUGUGGAGGAGCUCCCACUGACGUAUGCUCUGAGGAGCAUGUUCCUGAUAAACAGACGGCACCAGCUGGUUCCACGAAUGACAGUAUAAACUCAGAUGCCACAUCAGGUAAAGAGAUGAGCGAUGGGAACGAGGGCUCCGGCAGAGCUCGAAGUGAAUCACGAGUGCGAAAACCCAAUCGCAAAACGUCCCGCACGCGCUCCCGCCAAGACAAGAUCAACAGACCCAAACUCACCAUGAUCAAUGUGUGUGACACAGGAGACAAGAUGGUGGAGUGUCAGCUGGAGACUCAUAACCAUAAGAUGGUGACGUUUAAAUUUGACCUUGAUGGAGAUGCUCCAGAGGAGAUUGCCACAUAUAUGGUUGAGAAUGAGUUUAUUCUGUUGCUGGAGAGGGAGAUUUUCAUCGAGCAGCUGAAGGAGAUCAUGGAUAAAGCCGAGGACAUUCUGAAUGAGGAUGCUGAGGGUGAGAAGGCCUCUGUCCAGACCUCACCGCUCUGUCAGACGCCUGUCACAGCAGACUUCGGCCCGCAGGUCAGGCCCAGUGCUUACUUAAUACAGACAUGCUUUAGAUGGAAAUGCACCAGCUAUCGUGUUCUUGAGUAUGGACACACAGGAUACAGUGGAGCUGAAGUCACACCUUAAGGAAAUGUGCUUUCCUCAUAGUGCAUGAUUGCAGAAAAUAUCAGGGUUUUCCAUCUCGAUUCGAUAUCAAUUCAUGUGUAUAUACUGUAUACUGUAAAUAUA